AUGAAUCGGCUAUUUGGGUCCAAGAAUAAUGCUCCAAAGCCGACCCUGAACAGUGCCAUCCAAAAUGUUGAGACAAGGAUCGAUUCAAUCGACGUCAAGUUGGCCAAAAUCAAUGCCGAGCUCUCCACAUACCAGCAGAAGCUGGGCAAAAUGCGCGACGGACCGGGCAAGCAAGCCAUCAAACAGAAAGCCCUCAAAGUACUGCAACAGCGCAAGAUGUAUGAGUCGCAGAGAGACCAAUUACAACAGCAGUCGUGGAACAUGGAACAAGCUGGGGUGAUGCAGGACAACCUGAAAAAUGUCAUGACUACGGUAGACGCAAUGAAGACCACAAACAAAGCACUGAAACAACAAUAUGGGAAGAUCAAUAUCGACAAGAUUGAACAGAUGCAGGAUGAGAUGGCGGAUCUGAUGGAAGUCGGCAAUGAGAUCAACGAGAGUAUAAGUCGAGCAUACGACGUACCCGAAGAUGUAGACGAGGCAGAGUUGGAUGCCGAACUUGAAGCCCUUGGAGAAGACAUGAUGUUUGAGCAAGCAGGCGCGGAAAGCGCGCCAGGCUUCUUACAAGAUGAAGUCGCGCCACCCCAGUUUGUUGAUGAACCUCCGGAAAACACCAAAGUCAAAGAAGCCGCUGGUGGCGUUGGCUAA